UUAGCUGUUUCACUUAAAUGGUUACCAUUUUGACAUUCCAACUUUGAUUUUUCUUACUGCCAACAGCUAUUAUAUAAGACUUAAGAGCAAGUCUACCAAUCAACUGCAUCUGCAUGCACUCAUUGCCAAAUUUCUACUCUUCUUUUCAAUGCAACUUCUCAGAAAUAUAGCAUCUCUGUAGCCCAAUUUCAUCAUCAUUUUUAGUAUUCUUAUUCAAAAUCAGUGUUGGUGUGGCCUUGAUCGUAGCAGACUAGUAAGAAUCCAGUAAUUUUCCAUGACAAACUUGUUCUAUUAGUAGCUCCCAAUACUGAUACCACACAUCGAGGUCUUUAAUGGGUGUUUCUCUUUCACUGCUUUUAUCUGCUUGGAAUUAAAUCCUCUGGCUGAAGUUGUCUGGUUCCAUUGACACCAUUGAGAAGGUCACAGUGAGGUCCCUGAGCUUAGAAAGAAAAGGAGAUUCGCAAACCACAUAUAACAAGUCUGGUGGGUCACACAUAAUGAUGCUAGAGAGGUCAUUGAGCUUCAAGAACUGGGAUUCCAAUCAAGAAAAUGUUAAAGCGUCUGAUUCCUCCAAAAAUUUGGAUAAUACUCGAGAAAUAAUCCGCAUAACAAAACCCACAACAACAAUCCCAGAACCAAUUAUCUUCUUUUCUCCAAGACCCACUAGUGAGCUUGAUGCUGCUGCAACUAAGCUUCAAAAAGUUUAUAGGAGUUAUCGGACUAGAAGGAAUCUUGCAGAUUGUGCAGUUGUGGUUGAAGAGCUCUGGUGGAAGGCCUUAGAUUUGGCAGCUCUAAAGAGGAGCUCAGUAUCAUUCUUCAACAUUGAGAAACAUGAAACUGCUGUGUCAAAGUGGUCAAGGGCGACUACCAGGGCUGCCAAGGUUGGGAAGGAUUUGUCCAAGGAUGAGAAGGCUAAAAAGUUAGCCCUGCAACACUGGCUUGAAGCUAUUGAUCCACGCCAUCGAUAUGGACACAAUUUACAUUUGUAUUAUGAUGUUUGGGGUGAUAGCAAGAGCACCCAACCUUUCUUUUACUGGUUGGACAUUGGUGAUGGGAAGGAAGUAAACCUGGAUAAGUGCCCAAGGAGAGAUCUGCAAUGCCAAUGCAUCAAAUAUCUUGGACCAAAAGAGAGGGAAACAUAUGAAGUAAUUGUGGAGGAUGGGAGGCUUGUGUACCGUCAAACCGGAAUGCUUAUCCAUACUAUUGAAGGUUCUAAGUGGAUUUUUGUGCUGAGCACAUCAAGAGCACUGUAUGUGGGGCAGAAGGAGAAAGGUGUUUUUCAGCACUCAAGUUUCCUAUCUGGGGGAGCUACAAUAGCUGCUGGAAGAUUGGUAGCCAGCGAUGGAGUUCUUGAGGCAAUAUGGCCAUUUAGUGGUCACUAUCUCCCAACUGAGGACACUUUUAAAGAAUUCAUCACUUUCCUCGAGGAGCAUAAUGUGGACUUAGCAAAUGUUAAGGUAAAUCAAGCUCAAAUAGACGAUGAUGAUGCUUCAUCCAAGAUAGCUAGUGCUGAAUCAAAGUCAGAGACAAAGGAGGUAAAGGGUCUACCAGACACAAAAGCUAUUGACGUCAAUGAGUCUAUUAAUUCUAUAAGCAGUCAUCAAGAAGGCAACAGAGGAGCUCCAGCAGCCAAAUUGGAAGCACCACUGAUAUAUGACGUGACCAAGAGGUUGUCCUGCAAGUGGACUAGUGGGGUUGGUCCAAGAAUUGGGUGUGUGAGGGACUACCCACCAGAGCUGCAAUUUCGGGCGCUCGAGCAAGUCAACUUAUCGCCUAGAAUCAGUCCUGGCCACUAUGGAAGCUGUCUUCCAAUCCCCUCACCGCGGCCCAGCCCAAAGAUUCGAAUGUCGCCUAGACUUGCAUAUAUGGGUCUCCCCAGCCCAAGGGUAGCAAUUAGCUCUGCUAGUUAGAGGAAAUUAGCCCAAGUUUCUUUGAUUUUGGCCCUGUUUCUGUACAUGAGUGAGCUAUGCACAUACCGAAGGGAAAGUUCCUAAGAACCAAAAGGGAAAAAGAAAAGGAAGUGAGCAAGUGAGAGACAAACUGCAAAGUGGUUGAACCGCAUAAGCCUUGAGUAUUGAAUCCAUACCUCAGCUUGUGUUCUACUGUUCUACUAUUUUCUUUAUCACAGGAAUGUUGAUUGAAAAGUUCAUUAUUGGGCUUUUGUCCUUGUGCUAGAGAACAUAACAAACUACUCCAUUUAAUUGUUUAACGCGAAGUCAACCUACUUCGAGUUGGAAUUUUAAA